AUGAAUUUGACUUACAGCAAACCCGUUCUUGCAAUCAGACAUCAUCUGCAGAAAUAUUUGAAAAGGUUGUUUUUAGAAAGAAGUAAAUUUCUUGCCAACUUGUUAGAACAAAGAGAGUGCGUGGCUAAGGUUGAUGUUCUAAGCACACCUAUUGCGGUCCACUUUCCUGAUGUACAGUCCAAAUUGCUUGUCAAAAUUUCUUCAGAAGUGGACAGCAAACUGGACAAAGUGAAAAACUUAAUAGAUCCGCUAAAGAAACAUCACUCUGUUGUAAAUAAAGCCAGAACUGAUGCCCUCAAUCUUAUCCGUAAACAUCCCAGUGAUCUGGAUUUCAACACUUUGGCCGCUGGUGAGCCUACUGUACCGCCACUUAUCAUCAUGCUUGAUUGGGUUGAUACAAUUGAAAGGCAAAUACGAGAAAUUUAUUACACAAGAAUGUAUUAUCUGGAAAAUAUACUCAGCCCUGAGGUUGUCAACUCAGAGAAUCUGGUCAAACUGUGGUCAGAGAGUGUACCAGCAUUGUUAGACACUGUCAGAGAUUGCCAAGAACAAAGCAUAUAUUUUUUACAAGAGAAAUAUGCAUGA